UUGGCGCGGGCGGUGGCGCGGGCGGUUAAGCGGCAGGUAACAGGAGCAUCAGGAGUAGAUGAGGAGGAAGUGCGUCUUUUGGCUUUAAUACUAAAAGAAGAUUCUAAGGAUGAUAAAAAAUGCGAAGAAAAAUUAGAAAAACAUUGCAAAGAAUUAAGUGAAGCAAAUCUAACUCCAGAACAAGUACAUGAAAAGUUAAAAGAUUUCUGUGAUAGCAAAAAACGUGAUAAAAAAUGUAAAGAACUAAAAAAAAAUGUUGAAAAAAAAUGCGGUGAUUUUAAAACAGAAUUAGAAGAAUUGGUGAAAAAGGAAGCUUCAAAUUUGAAAAAUGAUGAGUGUACAAAAAAUGAACAACAGUGCUUGUUUUUAGAAGAAGCAUGCUCUGAUCUUACAAAGAAUUGCAACGAUUUAAGAAACAAAUGUUAUCAGAAUAAGCGUGAUAAGGUAGCAAAGGAAGUUCUUUUAAGAAUAAUAAAAGGAAAGAAUUUUAAAGAUAAAAAUUCAUGUGAAAAUAAACUGGAAGUAUACUGUCAAGAAUUAAGUCAAAUGAGUGACGAAUUGAUGAAAUUAUGUUUUGAUCAAAAAAAUACGUGUGAUAAUCUUGUAAAAGAAACGCAACAAAAGUGUGAAUCUUUCAAAAAUCUUAAAACGGAAAUUAAAACAAUAAAGGAAGAUGAACAACUAAAAAAAAAAUGCCCAUUAUUAUAUGAAGAAUGCAUUUUUUAUGAUGAAAGUUGUGGAAACGAUUCACUGAAGUGUAGUGAAUUGGAAAAAAAAUGUCAAGAGAAAAAUAUUACUUACACAUUAUCAUAUUCAGGGUUUGAUCCUAUAGAACCAGAAAUUACAUUAGCAGAAGAAGUAGACUUAGAAGGAAUUUAUAGAAAGGCAGCAGAAGAAGGAACUCUUGUUGGGAAACCUUUACCAGCAGAUGCUACUGCUUUGGUGGCAUUUUUGAUUCAAGAUCCAUCUCUUACAACUCAACGAACUAACAAAGAAAAAUGUAAAAAAAUUCUUGAAGAUAAAUGUAAAAAUUUAAAAGAACAUGAUAUUAUAAAAGGUCUAUGCGAGGAUUAUAAUGCAAAUAAAGAUAAGGACAAAAAAUGCGAAGAACUUAGUACAGAUAUUGAAGAAACAUGUAAAUUUUUCAUUUCAAAAACCCUUAUGAUUCAUUUUUUUGGCGAUGGAAAUAAAAAUGAUGGAAUUAUUAAAUGGGGGAAUUUAUCAACGUUUCUAAGCAAUAAAGAUUGUACAAAAUUAGAAUCGUAUUGUCUUUAUUUUGAAAAAAGCUGUAGAAGCGAAACUGCAUGCAAGAAUAUCAGAGCAGCAUGCUACAAGAGAGGACUUGACACAUUAGCAAAUGAAGUAUUACAAAAAGAAAUGCGAGGAAUGCUGCAUGGUUCAAAUAAAACAUGGCUUAGUGGUUUCCAAAAAAAACUCAUAGAAGUGUGCAAAAAAGUGAAAAAAGAGAAUAAAGGAGUUUUUCCGAGUAAUGAAUUAUUUGUCUUAUGUGUACAACCAUCAAAAGCAGCUCGAUUGCUUUCGCAUGAUCUUCGGAUGAAAACUAUCUUUUUGCAAGACGAUUUGAACAGAAAGCGAGAUUUUCCAGUGAAAGAAGACUGCGAAGAAUUAUUAAAGAAAUGUGAGGCUCUAAGAAAGGAUUCUAAAAAAAUUGAAUGGCCAUGUCAUACAUUAAGCCAAAAUUGUGAUCAAUUGAGAAACGCUAAAGAAUUGAAAGAACUUUUACUAAAUGAACAUAAGGAUAUAUUGAAAAAUCAAGAGAAUUGUGGAAUGUAUUUGAAGGAGAAAUGCAAUGAAUGGUCUAGAAGGAGAAAUGAACGUUUCUCUCUUUUAUGUGCUUUGCAAAAUAGGACUUGCAGAAUAAUGGUAGAAGAUGUGAAAAAUCAAUGCAAAAUAUUUGAAAAAAACAUUAAAAAAUACCAAGGUAUUGAUAGUAAAACUAAAAUAGAAGAAUUAGGGACAUAUUGUCCUAUUUGGCACCCACACUGCCAUAGAUUUGGACCCAAUUGCCCGGAUCUUGAAAAAAAUAAAUGUGAAGACUUUGAAAAAUAUUGCAAACCUUAUUAUAAGCAAAGAGACCUUGAAAAUGCACUUAUAUUUGAGUUUAGAGGACAUCUUGAUAAGAAAAAAAACUGCAAAACAAAUCUUGAUAAGUACUGUACACUAUGGGAUCAAACAGGAAAUAAAACACUUAAAGGUUUUUGUAACAGUUCUACUGAUAACAAUGAAACAUUUAGAGAUAAACUUUGCGAAAAACUAGUUCAGCGUGUGAAAGAAAAAUGCCAAGGAUUAUCAAAAGAACUUGAAAAAGCAAAAAAUGAUUUAGAAGAAAAACAUAAAGAUUAUGAAAAAGUAAAAAAGGAUACAAAAAAUGCAAUGGAAGAAACAAAUCUCGUUUUUUCAACAACUAAAUCAACAGAUAAUAAAACAGAAAAAGGAGUCAAGCCUAGUACGCCUAGUGUAGUUCAAGAUAUUGUACAUUUUAAACUUGUAAAAAGAAAUGAAAAAGUUCAAGUGACAGAAAAAGAAGCAAAAGCGUUUGAUUUGGUAGCACUAGCAUUCAGUCUUUAUGUAGAGUUAAAAGAAACGUGUCACCAUCUAAAGGAUGAUUGCGAAUUUAGAAAAGAAUGUAAAUGUAAAGACCAGUGCAAAGAGAUAGAAAAAAUAUGUUUAAAAAUAGAACCACUGAAAGUAAAGCCACAUGAAAUAAAAACAGUAACGGAAACCAACAUAACAACAGUCACAGAAACAGUCAAAGAAGCAGAAAAAACAGUAGGAGACGGAGAGAAAUGCAAAUCUCUCAGCACAACAGACACGUGGGUCACAAAGACGUCAACCCAUACCAGCACCUCCACGACUACGUCCACAGUUACGUCAAGAAUAACACUGACCUCGACGAGGCGGUGUAAGCCUACGAAGUGUACGACAGGAGAGGAAGAUGAAGCAGGAGAGGUGAAGCCGAGUGAGGGGCUGAGGAUGAGUGGGUGGAGUGUGAUGAGAGGGGUGUUAUUAGCAAUGAUGAUUUCAUUCAUGAUUUAG